CAUUGUUUUUUUAUCAUGAUACGAAUUUUAAACUUAACUACUUUAGUAACACUACAACUGUCUACUACUAAUAUCUAAUUAUUCUAAUUAGUAUGUUAAUAUUAAUAUAUAAAAAGCCAUUCUUUUGAAUAUUAUUUCUGAAUCAUAAGGGUCGAGUUUAUUAAUAUUAUUAUGAUGUCAACGGCAUCCAAGUGCGUGGAAAAUUGUAUUCGUGCAAAAUUACAAAAACGAUUCAAUCCAAAAGUGUUGCAACUCGUCAACGAGUCGUACAUGCAUAAUGUACCAAAAGACUCGGAAACUCAUUUCAAAGUCGUCAUUGUAUCCGAUGAAUUCGAAGGCAUGCCCUUGAUCAAGAGACACCGUUUGGUAAACACAAUACUGACGGAUGAGCUCAAGUCUGGUGUACACGCUUUGUCUAUAGUGGCCAAAUCUCCAAACCAAUGGAAAGACGAACCGGUCGAAAGUAGUCCCAAUUGCCGAGGUGGAUUUGGGAAGUGAGCUGCAAUAAUAGAAGAAUUCGGAGAGAAGAUUUAUACCUUAUUAUCAAAUAUCAUGGAUCAAUGCUAUAUUUUAUAAUAAUUUAUAAUCAUAUUGUACAACAUUAAACAUUUGUCAAGUAGGUUGAUAAUACUUAAGACAUAAAGCAAGCGUCAAUAUGUUCGCUUAUAUAUUUAUGUAAAAAUAAUUAUUCAUUAAAAAUCAUUAAAUAGAUUUUAUAUUUUA